UGCACGAAACCCUUGACCAGUCGUCCUUCAUGCUUUCCAUCACCAAAACUUUUGUUGUUACAGAACAAGCUUGACUUUUGCCGGGUGACUGCAGACAAACUCUCUUUUCUAUCCAAACAAAGCAUUUCGCUGCUCUUCUUCUUUUCCUAAUGAUUCUUCUUCACGUCCCGUGCCGCCCUCUGCCCAUUCACCGCAUCGUUAUCGUCGACUCUGUCGUCACCAUCACGCAGCACAAACACUCGCUACAGUAACCUGCAAACGCGUUACCAGAGUAUUUGAAUGGAUGCAAAACUGACUCCCAAGAGAAGCGUUCUGGGGAGGGCGAAAGACGCGAUUUCGCGCCAGCUUUCCUCAGAACGUGUUGGCCUCCAUGUCCUGAGAGCCCCAGACAACGCGGAAAUUGAUAUUGUGGCCGUUCACGGUUUAGGAGGCAGAGGUUUUCGAUCAUGGAUCACAAGGGACCCAAAGUCCGGGUCGUCCAAGCCCUGGCUUGAGGAGCUGCUGGCUGCCGAUAUCCCAAAUGCACGCAUCAUGACCUACAGAUACAUCUCCAGAGAGCUGAGUUAUGCUUCUAUUGUUCAGAAUCUACUCGUUGGAAGCGCCAAGAACCUGGCCUUUUCGCUAGCUGCCUUGCGAAAUCAGGAUGGCGCCAACAGACGACCACUAUUCUUCCUGGCACACAGCUUGGGAGGUUGGGUCGUCAAGCGUGUUCUCAUCUUGUCCCACGAGUCUGUAGAGUCCCAGCUACAGGACAUCGAGGCUUCCACGUGUGGAGUGGCAUUUUUUGGUACCAUUGCUCCAGGAAAGCCAUCGUCGCCUUCUCCGUUGGCUCACGUUGUCCGCCGCACAUCCACCUUGACAGAUACUAAUAAAAGGAUGGAAAAUUCUAUGGAUUUUAACGGAAGCGGCAGUAUCGAGCAGCUGGAGAAGCAAAUGGGAGCGUUUAAAGCUAUUGCCUCAAACCUGCCCAGACUCUCCUUCUACGAAACUAAGAAAGGCGAAGAUGGAUUCGUCGCGGAAAAGAAGCAUGCGGUGACUAGUUCUGACGGCUCUCGAGUCGCGCUAGCUGCCACACACUCGGACCUUGUCACCUUCAAUGGGCGUGAUGACAAUUAUCAUGCUUUCUUGUCCAAAUUUAGUCAAAUGAUUGACAAGAAGCGAAUCAAGACUCUCUUGGAGUCGAAGAGAAAAGAAACAGCACUUCCAAACCCAAACCGAGAAGAGUACCGCAAAUAUGGAUUCUCACUGCAAUACGAGCUUCCAGAGGAUCCCCACAGCACUGUUCUGCGCAGCGAGAUUCUCCGACAAAUCGGGCUUGUCUGCAAUGCAGAUGAAGGCGAUCCUACUUUGCGCAUUGCUGUGCUAACGGGAGUCCAUGGAAGCGGCAAGACAGCCAUGGCGAAGCACUUUGCGAAGACGAACAAGGAGCUGUCCUUUGUAUUCUGGAUCCGUUCCGAAUCUUGGGAGACAGUUGCCACCAGCUAUCUCCAGUUCGCCGACGACAUCGCCAGCCACUAUGCUAAGAACAUCCCACGCAACAGAGUCGAAGAGGAACUUGGUCUUACAGGGAUCCAAGAUAUGCUCAAGAUGAAGAAUCCAAUGGAUCUGGACAGAACACGUAUCAUGUCUGUUGUCCGUGGCGUCAACGAUUGGAUGGUUCAGAGUGGCAACGACAAAUGGCUCGUUGUUUUUGAUCAUGUUGUGCCGUCAUAUGAUAUCAUGCCAUUUAUCCCACUCUCUCUGCAUGGCAAGAUUAUCAUGACAACAAUUGAUAGAGAGACGUGUCUUAUGGGCACAAACAUUACCGUUGGCCCAAUGUCUGAAGACGAGUCUGUAGAGUUGUUGAGGCUCGAUGCUGGCCAAUUCACUGCUAAUAGCUUGCAGCAAGACGAAGCCGCUAGGGCUCUCGUUAAGCAACUCGGCUACAAUCCACUAUUAAUAUCUACAGCAGCGUCUACUAUUCGCAGUAGAAACAUCACAGUCGUCGACUAUCUCGCUGGCAUUGAGGCCAAGAAUACACCAACGCUAUUUGGCUCUACCAUCGACCAAUCGCCAGUUACACGUACCUUUUUAAAGGUCAGCUCCAUGCUGUCCUUGGCUGCUAUACCUGCGUCUCUCUUCGCAGUACCUUGGGAAGCAGACCACGCUACCACAGAAAUCAGCGAAUUAAUACAGCAAAUGCGACAGUACCAAAACCAAAGCGGCCUAGACGAUGUCAUCCAGCAUUUGCUAAACAGCAAUUUCAUCCAAAUAGCACCAUCUCCAGACUCAACUCCCCCUUCGUCUCCAAGAUCCAUUGUCACAACCCGCUCUGCUACGACUGUGGAUUACUUUUUCGUGGAUAAGGAUACUCGAGAACACAUCAGGGAUACAAUGUCCAUAGACGAAACUGUACAGCAUUCUUGGCUUGCUUGUAAUCUCUGCGUCAAUGGAAUCCGUGACAACAAUCUCGACGCCUCGAGUCUUCCGGAAAUCCACAGCUUUGGUAGGGUUAUGCUUCCUCAUGCCAGGACUUGUUACGAUGACUGGGCUGGUGUACUUGAAAAUCCACCAGAUGAAGUGGCCUGGCAUGUUCUGGGAAAUGUGUGUAUGAUUCAAGGUGCACUGAAACAAGCAAUUGGCUGUUUUGAGCUCGCUCUGCGCCAAAAUUCAUCAACCAUGACUACAGUCGAGCGAAUCCAAACCUCGAUAUCACUGGCACGCUUGCUUGAGCAAGAAGGCAACGGAGAGCGCAGUCUCGAGGUUUUAACAUCGAUCGACAUCGCAUCUAUCGACCAAGCACUAGGUUUCCAGGUUUCCCGUGCCAAGGCAUCAGCGAACGCUUCUUGUGGACAUCUCGACCGUGCCGAAGAUCAGUUUGAGAAUCUGGAGCACGAGCAAGAACAGGUUCUCGGCGCAGCCCAUGCUGAGACGGUAGGCACUGUGCAGAUGCUCGCUGCGACGCUCGAGCGGCUACAGAGGCUUGAGGAUGCGCAGACUCUGUAUCGAAGAGUCUACCUGUCAUACCAGAAGACGUUUGGCCAGUCGCAUCCAAUGACACUUGGCUCCUUGGAUGCUCUAGCGAACAUCUCCAAAGCUCUCUUUGCCACCAACGAGGCUGAGACUCUGUACAAGCUCUCCGUAGAGAUCAAGACACGCUGCCUCGGCCCUGAUCACCCUCGCACAGCAUUUGCCAUGCAAAACGUUGCCACCAUAGAAGAUGUUCUUGGUCGUUACGGCGACGCGCGCCAAAAGUUCACCGCAGCACUCGCUAUUAUGCAGGAUACCCUCGGCCCCUUACAUCCGCACUACACCCUCACAGCGCACAACUUUGCCCGCUGCCUCUACCACCAUGCACAAGUCCUAGGGAACAAUACACCAAUGACGAGUUCCCUUAACGCCGCCGAAUUCCACGCACAAAAUAGUGCCCGUCGCACCCACACACCUGCGGACGGUGUGAUGCGCGAAACUGCCCGUCGUCGCGCGCUCAUGGAGUCAGAGAAGCGCUACCUUGAGGUCCUGAACAAUAUGCGCAAAGCAAAGGGUAUUUACCAGUACGAGCAACUCGUCAAGGUUGGUCGGGAGUUGUACCAGCUGUAUGAUUCAGAGGAGCUGUUUGCGCUGCAUCGCUUUGAGAAGAUUGAAAGCAUGUGGGACAUUGUGGAGGGCUCCAAAAGACGCAAUACGAUAUCCUAAUGACUACUAAGGUAGCUACUUUUGUUUAUUACGAGAUAUGACCACUCUUUCUUUUAGUUUUAGUUUCACGAGCGAGCCAGCCUAUCCUAGAUUCGACAUUGCUUAUAUAUCAUAUACCACAAAGUCAGUUUGUUUUCUUCACGAGUCUCUCAAAGCGGUACAACGUAGAUAGUCAUGAUGAUACGAGUCGUAAUAUUUUUGUUAACCAAGCAUGUAUGCAAAACUCCUAUAUAUAAACAUCAAAGCAUCCGAAUAAACGCUGCCAAUUAACGCGUACGCUAGGGCCCAGUCUUGUAAGCUCUCCCAAACGCCCGUCCGAGGUUCGCCCAAUAUUUUUAUUUUCCGAAUAUUUUUUAAUAAUCCGUAUAAGUAAAUCGAUAGAAUACUGUGUACGAUGUGAAUUUAAGGUGGUGGUGGAGGAGGAGGCACUGCCUUGGUAGGCUCGGCAGUUGGUGGUGGUGCGGGAGGCGGCAAGGCUCGGCCGCCUUGGACCAUCAUAUGCUCGUCGAUUCUGCCCUUUUCGCCAUACUCCAUGCGCUUCCAUGUAACAAUGCUUCCCAACGAAGGGUUGAUUUCAAAGACACGCACGCGGCGAACAUAGUCCUUGUAGCCUCCGUAGCCACCGAGGCCAACGCCACCAGCAUAACACAUCCAGAGGGCAGGCACGCGCUUGUCGCCUUCGCCCUCGGGUGAGAGGAGGCAAUAGUCGUUGGCGUGGUCACUAUAUACGAGUUAGCUUUUUGUUUAAUACAACUUGAGACGGGACAGGAAACGCUUACUGGCCAGCGCUAACCAUCACGACGCCUUGUUCGACAAGAGCAUCGCGGAAUCCAGAGUUGUAUUUCGGCGCUGUUACACCUUCGCGCCACUGACCAACCCAGGGGCCGGUGGUCCAGUUGGUGUAUUCAGUAAGGGGGAUGUGGAUAAACGAAAUGUCGAGAUGGGUGAGGCUGUACUCUUGGUGCUUCUUCUUUAGGCCUUGGGCUGUCUUCUUGAACCACUCGAUCUGGCUAGGCUUGAUCCAUCCGUAGCCUGGGUAGUGCCUCUCAUCUGGGGAGUAGGCAUGCGUGUCGAGGAAGUACAUGGUGAUGGCAGAGUGGUCCGCGCCGCUUUCUGCUCCUACUUCAAUGACAUAGUUUCCAACGCCAUCGACAUCUGCUGGUCCGGCGGUUGCCAUGGAGUAAGGUAACGUCUCCAUGAUUUCCAUCUGCGCUUCACGGCUUAGGCCCUGCGGCGAGUCAUCAUGGUUUCCAAAAAUGGCAGCCCAGGGCAGCUUGUGUUCCUUUAGCAAGGCAAUGAUCUUGAACAUAGCCGAUUGCGUGUCGGGUGAGCUCUCGCCGUUGACCUGAUCUCCGCUAAGAACAACGAAAUCAGGCUUUUCAUCCAAAAUCAUCUGAUUGACAAAAUCAAGCGUUCUAGGAUCAGCUUGACAAUCAACCCCAUUAAGCUUUGCGGGCACCGGCUCACGGCAUGCACCGACACCAGUGCUAAGAUGUAGAUCAGCGACCUGCAAGAUUUUGAACUUUCCGCCCUUUGGAAUUUUGAGUUUUGGGACUUUAUGCUCCGCGGGCAUCCCUCGGCGAACAGUAACGUGGACGCUAUGUUGCUUCUUGGUCCGUGACAUUAUUAGAGGCAUGGCUCGGAUUUCCCAGUUAUCACGGACUUCGACUGCGUCAUCGCCAAAGAGGACAUCAAUGGCCGUAAUGGCAUCGCCGGAGUCGCUUGAAAUUUUCUUGUCAGAUCGCAGCAGCCAGAUGCCAUGUGAUCUUGGUUCCCAGGUCCCUUUCGGCGUGGGAGCUUGCACGUUUGCGUCGAGGCGUCCGAUCUUGAUAUCUAUCACGACCUUGUCCUCUGAUGUGAGGUCUUCUUCAUGCUUUCGCUUGAUAUACAUGUAGGACUCGCUCCAGGCCAAUCCAAGAUAAAGCUCCUUGUCUAGCCUGGUCCAGCCGUCGCCCUCUAAUUCGCAAUUCGACAAAAAGUUGAUUUUCGAGCAUUUCGCGACUUCUACGUCAACGAUGACAGACCCAGGGUGGUGAGAAGGGAGGUGAUUAUGAAUGGCGACGGGCAGGACUCGGUAAUUUCGAUCGAGGAAUAGCACGACAAUGAUACCGAAUACAAGGGCAGCAGAAAGCUGUAUUAACGUGCGAACCUAUGGUACCUAGUUAGCAUGGGGUGGCGGCUCAGAAGCGUAUGUGUGGUAUCGCAUACGAUGCGUCUCGUCAUUUUGUAAUAUUUUGUACUAGCGUGUCGAUAUGUGCACAGGCGAGCCGAGUUAUCAGAAAGAUGAAGCCGCUUCAGCUUCAGUCGGGAGCUGCGGCACUGGUAAUGUCUGGUGGCGAUCAAGUCUCGUGAUGCAUGGCUCUCGGCAGUCGCAGAAGAUCGGAGUGGCAGCAGCGAUGAGCGCCAGUUGUCUUGAUAGUUAUGGUGCUGUUGUAUUAAUUCAGCAACAGUGCAGAAUAUGCUACACCUGUACCGAGAUCAACUGCAAAGCGAUGGCGGUGGUGAAAUCUGGCCGAUGGUAGAAAGCAACACGCAAGUAAAAAGAAAGGCAAAGGGGCUUG